AUGAAGUUUUUUAUACAAUUAAUCUCGGUAUAUUUAUUCUCGAAGGUUAUAAAAGCCAAGUCUUAUAAAAUACAUGAAGAAGAUAUUACCAAACCUGCAUCUUCUGAAAAAGCAGGUUUAACAAUAAAUCCUUCUUCUAAGGAUGGUGAACUUGCUAGUUCUAGUUCAGAAGAUGAUGGAAUAUUAAUACAAAUUUCUGAAAAAAAGAAUAAAGGUAGUUCUAAAUUAAAAAAAGAUAAACUAGGAGAAAGAAAAGGAGAAUCGAAAUCUAAACAUUCUUCUUUGCCCAAAUCUUCUGCUGUUACAAAACUCGAUAAGCCAAAAAUGUCUCUAAAUCCUUUUAAUUUCGAUGUUAAAAAAUCUAUUCCUGCUAAAUCCACACCUCCAACCAACCUAAAAACUCCUACUAAAUUAGAAACGUUUUCUCCUUUGGAUUCUACCUAUAAAACACCAACCUCUGAUUUUCUUUUAAAGGAUUUUGAAUCAAAAUCUGUAAAAGUUUCUUUUACUGAAAAAGAAAUGAAAGAACUUGAAAAUUUCUCUAAAAAUCUCGAUAUUUUUAUGCCAUCUAUAAAUAGAGUAAAUGUUAUUGUUAAAAAUAUUAUUAAAGCAAAUAAAAAAGAUGAAGACGAAAAAAAUAAAAAAAAUAAGCCAAGUGAACUUUUUAACAUUAAGGUGAUAGAAGUUUCAGAUGGCACUAAUCCUAAUUAA